CUCUCAGCUUUCAAUUCCCAACCAGAGCCUGCCCUGAGCUUACAAUUCGUCUCCGCCGCAAACGUGCCCUCUGAAUUAGCGCACCCCCAUCGGUUUCAACAUCCGCGCACACUGCCCCUGCAACGCCUCCGCAUUUCCCACGGCUCAAAAUUCGCCGGAAGAAAACACCUCGGGCAAACAGGUGUUAUUGCAUUUUUCAGAAUCCGACCGGGAUAUUGAGUUUCCUGUUAAAAUGAGAAAUUGUUUGAUGUGCUUUUGUUGCCUUAUUCUAAUCAUCAUCGUCUCAGUGAUUCCUGGCAAUAUUGGACGAUCUGUCGCUACUGAAGAUGACGACGGUAAUCUGGCGGACAAUAACUAUCCAGAUUUUGAUCUAGAAAAACUCUUCCGUCCGGCCCAAAAGCGAGACUGCGUGAGGCGCGGCGGAAGUUGCACGACGAACCCGGGCGGCUGUUGCCGGGAGGACUCCUGCAAGUGCAACGUCUGGGGUGCCAACUGCCGCUGUUACAGCCAGGCCCUCUACCAAAAGUGGAUAUGAGCUCAUGCGCCCGGAAAACACCACUAGAAUGGAAUUUUUUUUACACACCUCUCGACUAAUUUGAAUGGUCUAAUUCCAAUAAAUACACCACAUUCUCAUAAAGUU